GGUGAUUCUCUGUCAGCUAGCUCAGCUGCCUGAAGUGACUCUGUCCGCACUGCUUUAUGGACGUUUUCCAGACUCUGAUGAGGUUCUUUGUGUUUCCUGCUGGAUUAUGAGGCGUUUUUGGGAAGCCGGCGAAGUUGUUUACAUCAUGAUGUCGCACGUGCUGGAGCCGAGGAAGGGAAAAGCGAGCUAACGUCAGCUAACUUGGCUAAACAGAGAGAGGGAGGGAGCGAGAGAGAGAGAGAGAGAAGAGAGAGAGGGGGGAGUGGACUGACCGGGAGACCGGGCCCUUUUCACACUCAAGUACCGCUGGCAGCUGCUCCACAACAACUUUGACAAAGGAGUCUUUCCAACUCUGCUCCCGAGACAGUGCGACAGAGAAAGGCCGGGGGGAGGACGUCACAACAGCCCCGUGUGGCGUUCGUGGGACGGCUCGGCUGUUGCGCUUCACUGGGGAUACCCGAGCAGUGUGGAAAUGUCCGGUACGUGUCUCUGUCGUAUCCGUGAACUGUGAUUCGGAGACCAGCUGGAGUCGUCGGUGCGGCACUUUGCUUCGCGUGGCUUGGCGCACAGAACGCCAACAUGUCUAAAAUGCCAGUAAAGAAGAAAAGUUGCUUCCAGAUCACCAGUGUCACGCAGGCUCAGGUAGCUGCCGGGAGCAUCCCUGACCACACCGACGGCAGAGACCAUCCGGACGAACCUCGGACCAAACUCUGUGUGGAAGCCCAAAGCAACGCAGGAGAGCCACAGGACGGCCAGCUGCCUCACGCGCAUCCAGUCAACGGGGGGCUCUCCUGUAAUAAGAAUCCGGGCUCUGGCCGUGACACCCCACACAAUGCCGGCGGGAGUGUCCCCGUGUCAGCUGCGUCCAGACCCUCUGCACAGAGCUCCAUCACCAGCACGCUACCUGCCAUCUCUAUGGUUCACGCUCCCAUGAGCUCCAACUGUACUUCCAGGUUUAGGGUCAUUAAACUGGACCAUGGUACCGGAGAGCCCUUCAGACGCGGUAGGUGGACUUGCACUGACUUCUAUGAAAGAGAUUCUGAUUCCAAUCGGACUGUGGAUCGCUUAAAGCCAGCUGGAACCCCCCUUAAUCACACUGCAGACAGAGACAGUGGAUUGGGGUCCACAAGUUUUUCUGUCAUUACUUGCAGUGCUUUUCCCGUGCAAGUUGUGGGUAACGCCUCAGACAGUGGUUACUCAGCCUCAGCUGAUCACCCAUCUGAAACUCUGCACACAGGCUACAGCUUGCAUCCUCAAACUGGGAGCAGAGUAAGUGCCUUCCAGCCCCCUGGGUGUGCACAUCAGGCUCAGGUCAGUGUGCAGCCUGCUGCGCCACAUACUGUUUCCUCUAACAGCCUCAAUGGUGCGAACCAAGGUGCCAUGCAACAGAAGGUUCCCGUCGUUGCUCCUGCCGCAGAAACACAGCAGUUGGGUCACUCCACUCAUCCCGAAGGCCUCUCUCAAGGCCCUGCACAUUAUCAUCAGCACCACUUUGUUUCAAAUGCCUACAACGCUCCCACGACUGUCCUUAUUAUGGGACCUUCAUUUGUAAUCACUUCUGCUGCUGCUCCAGGAGAACAAGGACAGGGUGGAGAAGAAGAUGAAGCCCAGGCCCUCCUCUCUCAAGAGGGUAAUUUACCAGCUGUGACCCCUAUUUCUCCAAGAAGUGUACAACAGCAAGUUGUCAGCCAGAAUCAGCCUUCAGGAGGGUUAAGCAUUGCCCCCCUUUCUUCUACCACCUCUUCACCCCACACCAGUGGUCAGAAUGUGCCUGCCAUAGUGCCCAAAACAACCAGCACCCCUCCCAGUGUGCCAAGUCAGACGUUUGGUAUAGGAGGACUUGUUCAGCCCCAGGGUGCUCUUGGAGGAGUGACCGCUAGCUUCAGUAAGCAGAUGGAUGGCUGGAAGAAGAUAGAUGCCCUACCUCAGAACUGUGGUGAUGUGGUGGCUGUGAAGGAUGACGUGAAACUUUUCCUCAGCGAAGACCUCGGCCUGUCCACUCCUGCUGCGAACAGUCUUGUUGGCAUUCAUAUUACCAUGAAUGCGGAUGAGGACAGUACAUCGACUGCCAGUGUUGUUGCCAUCGAUAACAAGAUUGAGCAGGCAAUGGACUUGGUGAAGAACCACCUGAUGUUCGCUGUCCGUGAGGAGGUGGAGGUGCUGAAGGAGCAGAUCAAGGAGCUGUAUGAAAGGAACUCGUUGCUGGAGCGCGAGAAUGCCGUGCUGAAGUCUCUGGCCAACUCUGAGCAGCUCAACCAGUUGUCCAGUCAGCUGAGACAUGGCAGCACACCGCCGCACGUCACAAACGCCACCGCCAUCCUUGCUCAUCAGGGGGGUGGUCAGAGCAUUCCUCACCAGCACAACAUCACGUCUGCGUGAUUCCCCCGUCUCUUUUGAGUUGCGCAGACUAACGGUUCCCCUCGGCCCCAUAACAUGAAAGACUGUGCAGGAUGCUCUGUUGGAGGGCAGGGCUGAUUCUGGCCCCGUGCUCGAUUGCAGGUGCUGGGUGAAGAAGAAAAAAAGGUGGAGCAGCAUAAGAGCCAGUGCACACCAAGAAAAGAAAAACCCUGCACGCUCUUCUGCAAGUAGAUGGGGUCCAAGGGCACAGCGAGUUGGUAUUUUCUUGAGAGAGUGACUGUCUAUCCAGCGUUUGUAUCUCCAAGGCUAAAGGAUCAGAAGAAGCGUGAUUGACUGCUCGUCCUCCCCGUGCCGGGGACGCCUCUGCUUGAAUGUGGAGAGGAUCAAGAGCCUCGGCUUUCUUUAUAUGCUGCAUCAAAAGCUUGUUGUGUUCUCUCAGUCACCUUGUUUGACAUGAAUUGUUUUGAAUGUUAGUUCAGGUUUAGAAAAUGCAUUUAUUUAUUUCAGGGCUGCUAUUGUUUUAAUGUAAAUGAACAAUGCAAUGGAGAUGCUUUUUAAAAUUUUAUUAAAAGAAAUAAUAGGUAGUUUGCCACAGCAAUUAGAUCUCCACAAGUAGGCAAUAAAUUGAUUGAUGGAAGCAUUCUUGUCUUUUGACCAAGUGCUAACACUAAAGCCAAGAGUUGAAAUCCAGGUUGAAUGUAUUUUUGUAAAGUUUUAAGUAUUAAGAGCUUGGAGGGCUUGUUCAGAAAACAGUUGUUUAUAUGAUGGGAUGUUUCAUGAAAGAAAACUAUUAAUAUACUUUUUCUUGCUUUGUUAAAACUAGAAUUGCAUUCGGGGGUGAGGGUUGGGGGUUCUUAAAAAGCUGUGAAGGUUUUUGACCUAUUUUUAUAACCAAAGACAAAAAAACAGCAUAGGUCUGUUAUCUUCUCCAUUUGAAAUGCACAUUUCUUUUGUAACUCCCCCUUUCCUUUUUUUAAUGGCUGUAUUGCUUGGCCUAUCAUCAAACCACUUUCUUAACUUGUUUUUGUCAAGCACUCUGUUUCUCUGUGAGAAUGGAGUAGGCAGUAAGUGGUGUGACUUCAAACAUGAAUAGAAAGGUGUUUGCAUCAGGAUGAAGGGAAGGGCCUUGUGCAAAAAAAAAAAAAAAACACAAAAGGAGCCAUGAGUCUUAUUUUCAAGAAGAUUUGUUUUAUUUCAUUUUUAACAUUCUCAU